AUGAAAAACUACUUGAUUGCUGCUGUCGUCAUUGCCUUACUAGCGAAUCAAGCUCGCCACUUGGUGGAACUUGGCGGCAUAUUUCAAACUAUACACCCUUUGAAUACCGAACAGUGUCACACUAUUGAAGGCAAGUAUAGCCCAGAAGAUUUUCGUAAUUGUGAAGACAUUGUCAUGUCGCCUCAUGAAGCCGGUAUAGCUUAUACAGCAUGCGAUCCUGCGCGUGAUCACAAAAACAUGGUUAUGGACGUUCAUCGACCUGUGCCCCAUCCAGAGCCUGGCGAUAUCUGGCGAGUUGAUUAUGUUCAGGGGACAGCCACACGAUUCGCGACGUUGGGUGAUGACGACUUCCAUCCUCUCGGCUUGGCUAUUGUGGACGCAUCCUUGAUGAUGGUUAUCAAUCUGCGCCAUCACGCCCAUGCCGCUAUUGAACUCUUUAGCCUCCAAGAUGCCAAACACAUCCGUACACUUGAGCAUCCUCAGAUCUAUACGCCAAACAGUAUUCACAUCCUUGAUGGGCGUUCGGCUGCUGAUGGCACGCCAUCUUUCUUUUUCAGCAACGAUCAUUACUUUCGUACGGGCAUCAUGAAAAAGAUCGAAAACUAUGCCAGCUUACCGCUUGCGAAUAUCAUGUUCUACGAUGCACCCACACACACUGUAUAUCCUGUCGCCCAAGGCCUCUCAUUUGCAAACGGAUUAGCUGGUGAUCACAAAAGUGUGCUAUUUGCUGCAGAGACCUAUCGUAUGACCGUCAAACGAUUCGAGAUUGUCGUCGAUGAAACCCAGGUGCGUUUGCAACAGACUGACCACAUCAAAGUCCCUUCCAUGGUCGUCGAUAACACCCAUUAUGAUGAAAAGACGGGCAAUGUUCUUGUUGCUGGUCAUCCCGUUGGCCUUGAUCUUUUGAAAUUUGCUCGUAAUGUGGACGCCAGCAAAACAAAACGGCCACCUUCCCGCGUCGUAGCAUGGCAUCCCCACACAAAGCAAGUAGACGAUGUGUUUGUGGAUGACGGUACGCUGUAUCCCACAUCGUCGACUGCAUUCAUUGACCAUGACGCUCAAAAACUGGUGAUAUCAGGACUCUACGCACGAGGUAUACUUGUCUGCGAUCAUCAACAGCAAUAG